AUGAAGGACAAGGAGUUGUUCCGGGUCAGGCUGAACUGCAUCGAUCACUAUCAAGCUACAGCGACGCGUUAUGACCCCCAGCUUCGCAACGACAUCCGGCCCUCCCAAGAUUCCAAAGGGCCCAAAGUGCCUGUAAUAAGAGUAUUUGGAUCGACACAAACUGGCCAGAAAGUAUGCGCUCACAUCCACGGGGCCUUCCCCUACCUGUUUGUGGAGUAUGACGGGAGCUUGGCCCCCGAGGAUGUUGGUUUAUACAUCUACCGCCUUCACAUGUCCAUCAACCACGCACUUUCCGUGAGCUACAGGAAGGAUCAGCAUGGCGAUGAUCCGCAAUUUGUAGCCCGAAUCACGCUGGUCAAGGGCGUGCCCUUCUACGGCUACCACGUCGGAUAUCGAUUUUUUCUCAAGAUAUACAUGUACAAUCCCAUCGUCAUGACUCGUCUUGCCGACCUCCUUCAGCAGGGCGUCAUUAUGAAGCAGAUCUUUCAACCAUAUGAAGCCCACUUGCAAUACUUGCUGCAGUUCAUGAUUGACUACAAUCUGUACGGAUGCGACUAUCUCGACUCACGCAAGGUACGCUUCAGGACGCCUGUGCCAGAACCGAACCACGACGGUCUCUCUCCGCAUAUGUGGCACUCCCAGUCGAUAUCCCCUGAGCUAGUCACCGACGACCUGUCCUUGCCACGCGUCAGCCACUGCUCUAUAGAGGUCGACAUUUGCGUUCAGGAUAUCGUCAACCGAAAGACGGUAAAGGAAAGACCUCUUCACCAUGAUUUCAUCGAACGCAACAACCCCUUGCCCGACGACGCCAAGCUAGUCUCCAGUAUGGCAGGGCUGUGGAAGGAUGAAGAGAAACGAAGAAAGCGUCAAAUGGGUCCCUCAAAAAAGCCCAACAGCAGUCCAUUUCCGCCUGAGGCCCUCGUCACAAUGUCUGCAGACCCUCGCCAAUCGCAACAAUCAAUGGGCUGGAUAAACGAGGAAGAGUACAGAGCCGAGGUCCAGAAACUUGUCGAGGAUGAAGAGAAAUCCUUGAAAGAGGAUGUCACUUUUGAUAGUUUCGCAAAGCCAACCGCCGGUCAAGAAACUAUCAAAACAGCUCUACAGUCUGUUGAAGACCUCUACCCAUCGACUCUUCUGCCGAUCCUCGGACUGCCAAAUCUUUCACAAGAAGCUUUCGAUCUCACUAGCAGUAUCGAGGUUGACGAGAAGAACAUCACACAGGUUCAAGUUGGCGACGAGGACUUCUUUCAAGAUGAUUCCGAUGAAGAAGAGGCACUUCGGCAAUUGGUCGAAGAGAGGUCAACGAAGACCACUAGAGAUACACCUGCUCGAGACCCAAAGCUAGCCGCUCAAGAUUAUGAUCCACCUUCACCACUGAGUGACGAAACACCCAUUCGAGAUCGGGAGUUACCCCUGGGCGUUUGUAUCAGCGGACUUCAGACGGGACAAGUUCCGGAAAUCCCCAUAAACCAGGAGCUUUUAGAUGCCGCCGAAGAGGGAUGCUAUAUAUUCCCAAAGAGGAAGCCAGGGAAAAUAGGUCCAGUUCCCGUAUUUUCUCUGAAACGCGCAGCUGAAGGGUCACCCGACAGUCCGGGCAUCGCGAAGCGUCCAAAGGUUUCAUCUGCGACAUCGCCGACACCUGGGCCACCUCCUGGCCAGGAUGAUAUGUCUCUGUCCCAAAAGAAACACUCUGAUACUCUUGCCAUCAGAAGUCAGUCAUCACCAGAGGAUUUCCGGUCAGCUCAAAGACCUGGAGAUACGCCUAAGCGCGUGUUGGAUUUCGCCAUUGUCAAGGGACCCAGCCCCAGUGGUGCUAGUCCAAGACCUCGGGGGAGCCAAAAACAGUCAUCACAGCCUGAUGAAACGCCGACAGGUGCAAAGCAAGUUAGACUUGGACCAACAAGCUCUUUUCUUGGCUCAGACAUGGACACCUCAUUCGGACCUUUGUCUUCGCCCCAUCGCUUAGGUCUAGCAGAGAUGGAAAAUCAAUCACAGCAACUCGUCCGUACAGCGGCCAGCUCUUCGCAGGCCUCGAGGACGUUUGUCUUUGCGGCUCGUCCGCCAAAUCCCGCAUCCGCCAUGGCUUCUCUACGGGAUUAUAACAUACCAGAGGUAAUAUAUCGGGAUGCAUUCUACAGCGUGGAGAAGGAUGUCCCUCCCCAGCCUCGUGAGUACGCCGGACGUGAAUUUCGCCUCGAGGGCAACACCGCUCCAUUCCUCCCGCCGUUUGAUCCCAGUGGAAACUCGCCUGCAACAUGGGGUGAAAAAGACCCUGAUCGCACAUUAGACAAGACGGUAUUGCAGGCCGGCCUAAGGCAACAGGUACGGAGCUGCUCCUGGAGGAGCUGGGAGCUGGGUAAACCACCGCCUACAUACGAUGAGGUGGCUGACUGGUGGAAGGCAGAGCAGAAGAAGGUCAUGGAGCGCAAGCAGAAAGGGGUCGGUUAUCAAGCAAUGCCAAACCGAUGGCUAUCUCAAAUUGACGGUCCAACGCAAAAGAAUAAACACGGCUUUGCUUUCUCAGAAAAACAGAAGUCGACAAGCGUUCAACAUGAGGUUCAAUACAUGAGUACGAUGAGUGUGGAAAUCCACAUCAACUCACGAGAAAAACUUGUGCCCGACCCGGAAGAAGACGAGAUUCAGUGCAUAUUCUGGUCAUUGAAAUCAGACGAAGCGGCUCUGGACAGCCAAGAUCCAACAGCGGCAAUACAAUCAGGCAUAGUCGUGCUGUCCGCUGAUGGCGUGGUGGCGCGGCGAGUCCAGCAAAUGAGCAAAAUUCCUGUCAUUGAGGAGAACUCAGAGCUGGGCCUCAUGGUACGGACGAUGGAGAUUGUCCGGGAGCAUGACCCAGACGUCUUGACUGGGUACGAGGUGCACGGAAGCUCGUGGGGCUACAUGAUUGAGCGGGCAAAGGUCAAAUACGACUACGAUCUCUGCGACGAGCUAUCGCGCAUGAAGAGCCAGUCGCACGGGAAGUUCGGCAAGGCCAAUGAUAGCUGGGGGUUCACCAAUACGUCAUCCAUCCACAUCACGGGGAGGCACAUGAUCAAUAUAUGGCGUGCUAUGCGAGCAGAACUCAACCUCCUCCAGUACACGAUGGAGAACGUCGUGUGGCACCUCCUGCAUCGAAGAAUCCCCCACUACUCGUGGCAGACACUCACGACGUGGUACACCAGCGGCCGACCGCGGGAUCUGAAUAAGCUGCUAGAUUACUACCAAGUGCGCGCGCGCCUCGAUAUUGAGAUACUGGAGGCCAACGAGCUGGUGCCUCGGACGAGUGAGCAGGCCAGACUGCUGGGGGUCGACUUCUUCUCCGUGUUCUCGCGUGGGUCGCAGUUCAAGGUCGAGUCCAUCAUGUUCAGGAUCGCCAAGCCGGAGAAUUUCCUGCUCGUGUCGCCCAGCCGUAAGCAGGUCGGCGGGCAGAACGCGCUGGAGUGCCUGCCGCUGGUGAUGGAGCCGCAGAGCUCGUUCUACACGAGCCCGGUCCUGGUGCUCGACUUCCAGAGCCUGUACCCGAGCGUCAUGAUUGCGUACAACUACUGCUACUCGACGUUCCUGGGGCGCAUCACCAACUGGCGCGGGACCAGCAAGAUGGGCUUCAGCGAGUACAAGCGGCAACAGGGGCUCCUGGCGCUGGUCAAGGACCACAUCAACAUCGCGCCCAACGGCAUGAUGUACGUCAAGGCGUCGAUGCGCAGGUCCCUGCUGGCCAAGAUGCUGACGGAGAUAUUGGAGACGCGCGUCAUGGUCAAGAGCGGGAUGAAGAAGGACGGGGACGACAAGCGGCUGCAGCAGCUGCUCAACAACCGGCAGCUGGCGCUCAAGCUUCUGGCCAACGUGACGUACGGGUACACGUCGGCGUCGUUCUCGGGCCGCAUGCCGUGCUCCGAGAUCGCCGACAGCAUCGUGCAGACGGGGCGCGAGACGCUGGAGCGGGCCAUCGCCCUGAUCCACUCGGUGGAGCGCUGGGGUGCCGAGGUGGUGUACGGUGACACGGACAGCCUGUUUGUGCACCUGAAGGGCAAGACGCGCGAGCAGGCCUUCGACAUCGGGAUGGAGAUGGCCAAGGCGGUGACGGAGGUGAACCCACGGCCGGUCAAGCUCAAGUUCGAAAAGGUGUACCACCCGUGCGUGCUGCUGGCCAAGAAGCGCUACGUCGGGUACAAGUACGAGAGCCGCGAGCAGACGGAGCCCGAGUUCGACGCCAAGGGAAUCGAGACGGUGCGCAGGGACGGCACCCCGGCCGAGCAGAAGAUCGAGGAGAAGGCCCUGAGGUUGCUCUUCGACACGUCAGACCUCAGCCGCGUCAAGUCGUACUUCCAGCAGCAGUGCGACAAGAUUAUGCGCGGCGCCGUGUCGGUCCAGGACUUCUGCUUCGCGCGCGAGGUCCGCCUGGGCACCUACUCGGACAAGAGCGCGUCUACGGCCCCGGCAGGCGCCCUCAUCAGCACCAGACGCAUGCUCCGGGACGCGCGCGCCGAGCCCCAGUACGGCGAGCGCGUGCCCUACGUCGUCGUCACCGGCGCCCCGGGCGCCCGACUCAUCGACCGCUGCGUGGCCCCCGAGGAUCUGACCGCCAACCCCCACUGGCGCCUAGACGCAGAGUACUACAUGACCAAGAACCUCAUCCCCCCGCUCGAGCGCAUCUUCAACCUCGUCGGGGCAAACGUCCGCUCCUGGUACGACGACAUGCCCAAGGUACAGCGCAUCAUCCGUAAUGUCUCCUCCGACCCUCGUCGCAAGACGACCUUGGAAUCCUACAUGCGCUCAAACCACUGUCUCGUCUGCGCCAGACGUUUCACCUCUCCGUCUCCUUCCUUCGCAGAUAGCCGGGACGACAAUCUCGAGAAUAAAAACAGCAUGCUAUGCCCCCCCUGCCGCUCGUCGACGGCAAGAUCCCUCAUCAGCCUGCAGGCCCGUCUAUCGACAGAGCAGCGCCGAUACCGAGACGUCCUGUCCGUGUGCCGCUCCUGCUCCGGCCUGCCGCCCCUCGACCACGUCUCGUGCGAUAGCAAGGACUGCCCCGUCUUCUGGACGCGCACGAAGCAGCUCGCCACUCUGAGGCAGGAGACUGCCGUGACGGAGCCUGUCAUUCGAAGUCUAGUCCAGUCUAUCGACAGCUCGGCUUUGGAGUGGUGA